AACCAAGCCCAACCACCACCAGCAAACAUCCAAAAUGCCAUCGAUGAAUCAGAAAAAGUUCGUCGAGCAGUUCAAAUACGCUCUCGAGUCCAAUUUUACCUCCCCAUCUGGUGAGCCAGCAUUGUUGGCUCCUGAUCAUCCGAAAAAAUGGGGCCAAGAGAGGGCGAGGAUUCAGCUGGACGGAGAGGCAAAGGAAAUGACUCUGAGUCCAGACAAGAGAUUCGUUGCAGUUAGUAUUGAGAAGGAGAUUCAUGUCUUUGAUGUUGCUGGGGAAGCGCGUGCCGAGGUGUUGAAGGGGCAUGUGGGAAUCGUGGACGAUAUCAAGUUUGCUCCGGGUUUAUUCGACAGCAAUGGUGCCCGUUAUAUGUUGGCAUCAGGUAGUGGAGGCUAUGGUGAUGAGCAGAUGGUUAUUUUAUGGGAGCUGGAUGAGAAUGGAAAGCUUAUAUCGAGAGAAAGCGAGAAGACAUUGGACGUGGAUGCCCUCACAGCCAAAGCACUGCAACCUCUUAUAUCCGAACUGGCAGACAGUCACGGCUGGAAUCCAGCUGGAAAAGCUAUUACCACUCUAGAAGAAGACGUGAGAAACGCCCUUCGCAACGCCAUCGCCAUCCACGAGCAAGAAGACAAACAUUGCCUCGCCGGCGAACUGGCUUCAUUCGGCAGUCCUGCCUUCGGCCCAGACGGCAAGACGCUCAUCUAUCUCACCCAGAAUCACUCAACGCAGGAAGAAACCCGUGAAGCUGCAUCUCUUCCCUGCGUCAAUAUCUGGGAUGUGCAAAGUAAAUCCCUCCGGCACCAACUGCGCGGCCACACCGACUCUAUAAUGUGGGCUGCCACAAGCCCAGAUAACAAACUAAUCGCAUCUAUCGCAUGGGACGGCACAGCGCGGAUCUGGGACGCCAGUUCCGGCGAAUGCCUACACAUCCUCGGUCCCUUCAAUGGGCAACUCUGGUCCGGCGCCUUCUCCCCAGACAGCACCCAUCUCGCCAUCAGCCAAGGCAGCCCAAACACCCACUUACACGUCUACAACAUCCACACCGGCACGUCCGUCUCCUGCUUCGACGAGUUCGAACGCUGGGCCCGUUCCAUAUCCUGGAGUCAAGACGGAAGCAUGCUAGCAGGUGCCGGAGAAGGCGGCACCCUAUACGUCUGGGAUCCGUACACGGGAGUUGAAAAGAUGCGACGGAGUCUCGCGUUGGACGAUCCAAUGAUGAGUCGGUUUGCGGGGAUCUCUGGGGUGCAGUUUGUGGAUGGAGGGAGGAAGCUGGUGUUUCAGAUUCGGGAUGGGACGGUGGAGGUUUAUGACUUUGAGAAGAAUGUGAAGCAGUUGUUUCUGAGGGAGGGGGAGAAAUGUCCCCGGGCGGGGGUGGUUUGUUCAGCGGAUUCGAGGAUGCUGGUUGCUUCGGGUGGAGAUAUUUUGAGGGUUUGGGAUUUAGAUUGAGCUAUAGUCACCUUUUUUACAUCAUGAAGCUAUAGUUGUCUUGUUGUAUCUCGGGUUUAUCCGAUCAUCUCGGCAAAUGCCGAAUGAUCUAUACGGGAGUAGACCGACACUAUCUUUUAGAAUACAUUAUUUAAACAGGAAUUCCACAAGAAUGAAACAUAAUCUUCAAUUAUAAUUUAGUUAUCUG